AAAAAAACAACAUGGAGGAAAAGAAGACUACCCAUCUCUUCUUUCUCCUCCUCCUCCUCUCCCUCUCCUCCGCCGCCGCCUCCAUCGACCACCAGACCUUCCUCCUCCACCCCCUCCCCUCCGCCCCCUCCCUCUCCCAACCCCAAUCCAUCUCCUCCGAAUCACUAGACUCCGACCCAUCCUCCCUCUCCCUCCAACUCCACCACCUCGACGCCCUCUCCUCUAACCAAACCCCCUCCCACCUCUUCCACCUCCGCCUCCGCCGCGACUCCCUCCGCUUCAACCACCUCACCUCCCUCGCCUCCUCCUCCCUCAACCGCUCCCGCUCCCGCUCCCGCUCCACCCGCCCCUCCCCCUCCGGCUUCUCCUCCUCCAUCGUCUCCGGCCUCGCCCAGGGCAGCGGCGAGUACUUCACCCGCAUCGGCGUCGGCACUCCCCCCAAAUACCUCUACAUGGUCCUCGACACCGGCUCCGACGUCGUCUGGCUCCAGUGCGCCCCCUGCAAGCGCUGCUACACCCAAUCCGACCCGGUUUUCGACCCGAGAAAAUCCUCCUCCUUCUCCACCCUCCCUUGCUCCUCCCCUCUCUGCCGCCGCCUCGACUCCCCCGGCUGCAACUCCAAGACCCACACCUGCCUCUACCAAGUCUCCUACGGCGACGGCUCCUUCACCUUCGGCGACUUCUCCACCGAAACCCUCACCUUCCGCCGCACCAAAGUCCCCAAAGUCGCCGUCGGCUGCGGCCACGACAACGAAGGCCUCUUCGUCGGCGCCGCCGGCCUCCUUGGCCUCGGCCGCGGCAAACUCUCCUUCCCUUCCCAGACCGGCUCCCGCUUCAACUCCAAAUUCUCCUACUGCCUCGUCGACCGCUCCGCCUCCUCCAAGCCCUCCUCCGUCGUCUUCGGCGACUCCGCCGUAUCCCGAACCGCCCGGUUCACUCCACUCGUCCCCAACCCCAAGCUCGACACCUUCUACUACAUUGAGCUCAUCGGCAUCAGCGUCGGCGGGACACGUGUCCGGGGAAUCACGGCCUCCUUGUUCAAGCUCGACCCGGCCGGGAACGGCGGCGUCAUUAUCGACUCGGGCACCUCCGUGACCCGGCUGACCCGAUCCGCCUACAACUCCUUACGCGACGCUUUUCGGGCAGGGACCACCACUCUGAAGCGGGCGCCGGAGUUCUCGCUCUUCGACACUUGCUUCGACCUCUCCGGGAAGACCGAGGUGAAGGUCCCGACGGUAGUGCUGCAUUUCCGGGGGGCUGACGUGUCGCUUCCGGCGACGAAUUACCUGAUUCCGGUGGAUAGUAGCGGCACGUUUUGCUUUGCUUUUGCGGGCACGAUGGGCGGGUUGUCGAUUAUUGGGAAUAUCCAGCAGCAAGGGUUUCGCGUGGUUUAUGACUUGGCGGGUAAGCGGGUCGGGUUCGCUCCACGUGGCUGCGCUUGAGGUUUUUUUUUGGGUAGUUGUGUGUCUAUUUGUCUACUGUGUAAUGGGAAACAGGAAAGCCUCUUUCCUUGACUUUGUCACUGUUUCUUUUUUCUUUUGAUUUUUUAGAUUAGAAAUCAAAAGAGGUGAGGAUAGAAGAAAUGUUUUCUUGCAUUCAGGUGUAGGAAUAUUGCGAUGAUGUAUUAUUCACAAUGUUGUUGUUAUCUCGAAUUGUAUCGUAUUAACUUGAUAUAUAUUGUCGUUGCUUCUA